CUUUCCCUGUGGGGUUUGGAUGGGGAGCAGCCACUGCUGCCUAUCAAGUAGAAGGAGGCUGGGAUGCAGAUGGAAGAGGCCCUUGUGUCUGGGACACAUUCACUCAUCAGGGAGGAGAGAGAGUUUUUGAGAACCAGACUGGUGAUGUAGCUUGUGGCAGCUACACUCUGUGGGAAGAAGAUUUGAAAUGUAUCAAACAGCUUGGAUUGACUCAUUACCGUUUCUCUCUUUCCUGGUCACGUCUGUUACCUGAUGGGACGACAGGUUUCAUCAACCAGAAAGGAAUCAACUACUACAACAAGAUCAUAGACGAUUUGUUAAGGAAUGGCGUGACGCCCAUAGUGGCCAUCUAUCACUUUGAUUUGCCUCAGGCUUUAGAAGACCUAGGAGGUUGGUUGUCAGAAGCAAUUGUUGAAGCCUUUGACAAAUAUGCUCAGUUUUGCUUCAGCACCUUUGGAGACCGAGUGAAGAAGUGGAUCACCAUAAAUGAGCCUAAUAUUCUUGCUCUUUUGGCCUAUGACAUGGGUAUCUUCGCUCCUGGUGUGCCUCAUGUUGGGAUUGGGGGUUAUCAAGCAGCUCAUAAUUUGAUUAAGGCUCAUGCCAGAUCCUGGCACAGCUAUGAUUCUUUAUUUCGAGAAGAACAGAAGGGCUUUGUGUCCCUAUCAUUAUUUUUUUGCUGGUUAGAACCAGCAGAUCCUAACUCAGAGAUUGACCAGGAAGCUACUAAGAGGGCCAUCAAUUUCCACUUGGAUUUCUUUGCUAAACCCAUAUUUAUUGAUGGUGAUUAUCCAGAUGUUGUCAAAUCCCAGGUUGCCUCCAUGAGCAAAAGGCAAGGCUAUCCAUCAUCAAGGCUUCCAGAAUUCACAGAUGAAGAGAAGAAAAUGAUCAAAGGCACUGCUGAUUUCUUUGCUGUUCAAUAUUAUACAACUCGCUUAGUCAGGCAUCAGGAGAAUAAGAAGGGAGAACUUAGCUUCUUUCAGGAUGUGGAGAUUGAAUUUUUUCCCAAUCCAUCCUGGAAAAAUGUGGGUUGGAUCUAUGUGGUGCCGUGGGGAAUACGUAAACUCCUGAAAUAUAUUAAGGAUACAUAUAAUAACCCUGUAAUUUACAUCACCGAGAAUGGGUUUCCCCAGUGUGACCCCCCAUCUCUUGAUGACACUCAGCGUUGGGAGUAUUUCAGACAGACAUUUCAGGAACUAUUCAAAGUAUACUGUGCAUGGUCACUUCUGGAUAACUUUGAGUGGAACAAUGGAUACAGCAGACGGUUUGGCCUCUUCCAUGUUGAUUUUGAAGAUCCUGCUAGACCUCGAGUUCCAUACAGAUCAGCCAAGGAAUAUGCCAAGGUCAUCAGAAACAAUGGCCUGGAAGGCACUAUGUAG